AUGCAGAGGAGGAGAACUCGAGCAAGAGCAAGCCUGCCGUAUUUGAACGAUCCUGAGUGGAUAGAAAUAACUGAAGAAAUUAGGGUGAAGGAGCAGGAGUCAAAGAAAUGGUGGGCGUGGCGGUAUAGGUUCAUGGGCAGAUCAGUUGUACCGAAACUGAGUGAAUUAUAUCACUCAACACUGGCCAUUGGUGAAAGAGGUGAAAGAUUUGUGAUGGCAAAAAAUGGACUUUCCAGUCGAAAAGAAGCCGAACCUAUAAUACGUGCUAAUCCAGAAUUGUUGAGACACUUUGAGAAAGUUGGAGAAAUUAUGGAAGUUGCAUCAGAGCUGAUAUGGAGGAUUAGACGUCGCAUAAUUAUCAACUACCUACAGCUGUUUGGGGGAGCAUCGAAAACGAGAAAACAUCGAGCCUUGGUUAUUCUUUCAUCCGCAUUGAAUUAUGGCAUUAUUGCAUUAUUGGCUAAGGCAUAG